ACUCUCCCCUGAAGUCUGAAUGUAAUGAUACAGAGAGUACGGCAGCUUUUCCCUUUUAAGACAGCUGGGGGCUCUUUAUUUUCUUUUCUUUUCUUUUCUUUUUUUUUUCAAACGUCGACUCUGAUUUUGCUGUUUGUUCAGAAUCAACAAGGAGCCACGUUAGAAAGAAGAGAGGCGCUGUGACGUUUCAUAUCUGAAAAAAAAAAAACCAAAACCAAAACAUGUCUCAUUCCGGGGCCAAUCCACACCUGGAUGGGAUCCUUUCUGAUUUUGAAGCGCUGAAGAGGUCUUUUGAGGUUGAGGAUGUCGACACGGCCACGCAUUCCUCCCCGGGCUCCCGUCGCACGACGAACUUGCCCCAUCGAAACGCCAUGUCUCCCACCAGCAUCUACUACCGUGACUUGGGCACCGGUGCGCCGACCUCCAACAACAACAACCACAACUACACCCAACCUCGUUCCAUCAUGGGCGGUGGAGGCUCCAAGACCCCUGAGCCUGUGUCGCGCCGCUCUGAGCUCUCCAUCGACAUCUCGUCCUCUUCCAGCAAGCAGCUGGACAACGCCACCAGCCCGGCGUCCAAUCGCUUCGCUGCCAACAGUGCCCUGAAGCGGCCCGAGGUCUUGGGCCAUUCUAAGACACCGGAGAUGAGCCACAAGCGGGAGGUCACGUUUGCCAAGAUGCCCGCCGACUCCCCAGUGACACGCCGCAACGAGGGCAGCAAUAACAACAACGGUACGGCCCGGACCCCUGAGCAGAACCACACUCGCAAGUUUGAGCCCCCCAGCCCCGCGGAUGUGCGCAAACCUGAGAUCAGCGUCACCAAAGCACCCCCAGAAAACAACGGCCAUCACCCAGUGGUGCACCACCCACACCAUCCGAACCCCCACCACAACACCAUUGUCACCACUUUCCGCUGUUCCUCGCCGAACCACGCCGGCCGCAAGUCCCCCAACCCCGACAGGUCAGAGGUCAAUCCAAGUCACAGCAACAUGUCUGAGUCAGCCAAACCCCAGCAGCCCCAUCCACCAGCCAAGGGAGAAAAAAACCAUGCUGGGGACUUCAGCUACGUGGGCAUAGAUGCAAUCCUGGAACAGAUGAGGAGGAAGGCCAUGAAACAGGGCUUUGAACUUAAUAUCAUGGUUGUAGGACAGAGCGGUCUUGGGAAGUCCACUCUGAUGAACACCCUUUUCAAGUCCAAGGUGAGCCGCAAGUCGGUGCAGCCCAACCCGGAGGAGAGGAUCCCUAAAACAAUCGAGAUCAAGUCCAUCAGUCACGACAUUGAAGAAAAAGGUGUGAGGAUGAAACUGACAGUAAUCGAUACGCCUGGAUUUGGGGACCAGAUCAACAAUGAGAACUGCUGGCAGCCAAUUAUGAAGUUCAUCAAUGAUCAGUAUGAGGCCUACCUGCAGGAGGAGAUCAACAUCGACAGGAAGAAGAGGAUUCCAGACUCUAGGGUUCACUGCUGCAUAUACUUCAUACCUCCUACUGGACACUGUCUGAGGCCCCUGGACGUGGAGUUCAUGAGGCGCCUCAGUAAAGUGGUCAACAUCGUCCCCGUCAUCGCCAAGGCCGACACGCUCACCCUGGAGGAGAGGGACUAUUUCAAACAGACGAUUAGGGAAGAGCUGCGGGCCAAUGGAAUUGACGUGUACCCUCAGAAGGAGUUUGAUGAGGAUGCAGAAGACAGGAUCAUCAAUGACAAAAUCCGGGAGAUGAUCCCUUUUGCUGUGGUGGGGAGUGACCAGGAGUACCAGGUUAAUGGGAAGAGGAUUCUGGGCAGGAAAACAAAAUGGGGAACCAUAGAAGUUGAGAAUAUUGCACACUGUGAGUUUGCUUACCUGCGAGACCUCCUCAUCAGGACGCACAUGCAGAACAUCAAGGACAUCACAAGCAGCAUCCACUACGAGAUGUACCGCGUUCGCAGGUUAAAUGAAUCCAAUGCCCACUUCAACGCUCAGCCUCCCUCCUCCCAGCCCAUUGGUGAGCCCAAGGCCAACAGUCUGCCUCAGGGCGAGCCUCACACCGUCCCCAGUGUGCAAACCAACGGCGUGUCUGCCCAGCACAAAGCCUUGUCCCACGAGAUGUAGACAGCUCAGUUGUUUGGGCUCUAAAACCAACAUGCAGUAUCAGGUCACACAUAACACGUGCAAACACAUGUGCACCCAUCUACAUAAGCAAGUCCACACGCAAACACACACACACACUCAUACACUGUGAGGCUCUUUUGAUCGAUUACUUCAGGGUCAAUCUCUACUAAAAACUGCCUGAACAACUUUUUUUUAUUAUUAUUAUUUCCCAGGAUGUAAAGCAAGUACGAGAAAGAAACCUUGACCGUUUUACAGCGUGUGCAAGAGAGCCCGGGGGGGGGGGGGGGGGGGACAAACACUUAAGUGACAUGAGGCCUGGAAAAUAUCGCAUGCCUCCAAGGUGGCAUGGUUCAAAAUGAAGUACAGCACAUCAGAAGAUAAUAGAUUAGAUCAAAUUAGAGGUAGCUGUUCCAGUGCGAUUGGCCUAGACUGUAUUAUGUUGUGGUGUAAAGUAAUGAGUAGAUACUAGGGUCGGGUAGGGAUAGCUAGUCUAGUUAUUAAAUAAAGUGUUUUGGAGGAGGUAAAGAUUGACACAUCUAUGCUGCAUGAUGAGAAAAAAAGCAACUGCAGUGUAGAGCAGCUUUUGGAAAAACCCCUCGUGUUUUAUUCCACUGUGCUUUGUUGUUUUUAAGGACUUUUUUGCCAAAUCAACUUUUCUCUCCAUUAAUAUAAUGCCAAUAUAUUGUGUAAGGCAGUCAUAUCGUACAUUUUAUGUGUCUUAUUUACUAUUGUAUUUUUAUUGGUGGUGUUGUUGUUAAUGUUCAAAUAUUACUGUUGAUCAUGAUUGCAGUUUCUCGGAGGAUGUGUAGAGCUACCAUCACAUUCACACAUCGUCCGUUCUGCUUGCUUUUCUUACCUGACUGUAAACCAAACAAAUGACUGUGUUCUGCCGAGAAGCACAUACAGAGAGUUGAUCUAUGAAUAGGUAUUUAUGUACACUUUUUGAUGUAGUCGUCUUCCAUCCAUGUUGAGCGAUGAUAUUCCAGAUGUUGGCUCCCUGAGAGUCAUACAAGUCUUGACCUGUGGUGAUCUUGUUUUUUUUAUUUUAUUUUGUUUUAUACAGUGUAUUUCUGUUGCCCACAUUUAGUCCAGGGUAUAAAUGGCCUCAAAUGACUUGUUCAGCCGUUAAGGUGAAAAGCAGCCUGUGAUAGAAUAUGAGAGCUCCCUUGUCUUGAUCAUCUUAUUUUACUGUUUGGACCAUGACUUUUAUUAGAGGAGAAAGUUUAAUUGAGUUAUCCUGUGGUUGUGGGACCCAAACCAACAGGACGUCAUUGUAAUAUCAGAUAAAUAUGAGUUAAUUUCUAUUUUUAAAAAUUCUGGAAUUUAUACUGAGAAAUCUCAACCAGUGUUUUAUAGUGUCUACAUCUUGCAUAUUGUCUCAGUGAUGAUGAUGAUGAUUAUUAUAAUCGCUGACAAAUGUCAGUUGCAUAUGUUAUAUUUCAGUCACAGCAACGAAAACUGAAUUCCUUACAUGCAGGCAAACAAAAGAUGUAUCAAAAACCAGGAGGGGUGACUGAGUCUCGCUUAACGGAAAUUACAAAUGCGAUUUGUUUACUGUUGUAUAGUUAUUGUGUAAUUUGUUAUGGUAUUAUAAAAUAAAGUUUAUCUUUGAUAUGCUAUCUUAAGAAAAAUAAAGAUUGAUAUUUUUAUUGUU